GGCCAGCCUGGUAUCUUUGCAAACAGGCGGGCGGGAGGGAGGCGUGGUGUAUGGGGAGCAAGAGGCGGUUUCCUGCUUCCCAGCUCCGAACAGCUGGCGGGGUUUGAAAGGGUGCGUGCGGCAGCCCAGCGGAGCCAGCCCAGGCUGCGACCGAGGAUCUCUGGAGAAGACGACAAGCAGUCCCUGGCGUGCAGCGAGCGAGGCUGGGGCGGAGGCGCCGGCUGCUGCCACCCGGGGCCAGGGCAGGCUCCGGCUGAGCCGCGCCCGACUCACCCCGGCGCUCCAGGGGGCCCCGGCGGCGCUGCGCCCGGGGAGUUGCUCCGCGGAGGACCGGCUGGGCGCGUAGCGAGGCGGGGGCCGCCCGUGUGCAUGCGGCCGGCGCCGCGGAGAGCCGGCGGGGCAGCCCGGGAUGAGCGGCGGGGAAGUGGUGUGCGCCGGCUGGCUGCGCAAGUCGCCCCCGGAGAAGAAGUUGAGACGCUACGCGUGGAAGAAACGUUGGUUCCUCCUGCGCAGUGGUCGGAUGAGCGGCGACCCGGACGUCCUGGAAUACUACAAGAAUGACCACUCCAAGAAGCCUCUGCGUGUGAUCAACCUCAACUUCUGUGAGCAGGUGGACGCAGGGCUGACCUUCAACAAGAAGGAGCUGCAGGACAGCUACGUCUUCGACAUCAAGACUAGCGACAGGACUUUCUACCUGGUGGCCGAGACAGAGGAGGACAUGAACAAGUGGGUUCGCAGUAUCUGCCAGAUCUGUGGCUUCAACCAGUCUGAGGAGAAUGCAGAUACUCUGAGGAACAUUCCCUUGGUGAGCCAUGGUCCGCGCUCCUCCCCAGCCGAGCUAAACAGCUCCAACCACCACCUGCUCAGAGAACGCAAGUCGUCAGCUCCUGCCCACUCCAGCCAACCUACCUUGUUCACUUUCGAUUCACCUGCCAACCACGUCCAGACCACCUUGUCUGCCAGCGCCCCACAGGACUAUCUCUUCCUGCACCAGUGUAUGAGUCGAAAAUCAGAAAAUACAAGGAGCGCCAGUUUCUCCCAAGCCACAAGGUCCUCAUUCUUCAUGAAGAGCGACACGGCCGUUCAGAAACUCUCCCAGGGCAACGGACACUGUGUGAACGGGGUCGGCGGGCAAGUCCACGGAUUCUACAGCUUGCCGAAGCCCAGCAGACACAAUUCAGAGCUCAGGGACAGUGCCUACGACCUCCCGCGGAGCUUUGGCUCUUACACUCACACCAAAGCCAGCCUCACGGGCUCUGACACGGAUAACGAGGAGGUCUAUACCUUUAAGACUCCCAACAACACCCUGUGCAAGGAGUUUGGGGAGCUCUCCACGGACUCCUAUGACAUCCCCGUCACCCCUCUUUCUGUAUACCAGAUCCCAAGGACAUUCACACUGGACAAGAACCACAACACGCUGGCCGUGGCCUCCAGUGAUUCAUCCGCUGCUCCCCCACCCCGGCCCCCUAAACCAGGGCAGAUAGAGUCACGGUGGGGCAGCCCCCAGCAGCGCCCGCCGAAUGGUGAAAGCAUAGGUAUGGUCUCCGUGGCGGCUACCAUUCCCAGGAGGAACACGUUACCAGCAGUGGAGAACAGCAGACUACAUCGAGCUUCUUCCUGUGAGACUUACGAAUACCCCCAGCAUGGUGGCAGCAGCACAGUUCAGUCAGCAGAGUCUGUGAAUGACGGGUUCAACUCAUAUCUGCAAGCCAGAGCCGCAGUGGCUCGCUCCCACAGUGCUGACUCCGAGGACAAUUAUGUCCCAAUGAACCCAGGCUCCUCAUCCCUGCUGAACAUGGAGAAAGCGAAUGACAAUUCCCAGAAUCUCUACAUCCCCAUGAGCCCUGGUCCACACCACUUUGACCUGCUGGGAUUGUCCUCGACGACCCUCCCAGUCCAUAAAGGAGGAGCCAUUUCCCAGUGCCACAGGCGGCUGAGCGAAAUCCAACCCCCUCCGGUCAACCGCAACCUCAAACCCGACCGGAAAGCAAAGCCAACGCCUCUGGACCUGAGAAACAACACGGUCAUCGAUGAGCUUCCCUUCAAAUCGCCCGUCACCAAAUCUUGGUCCAGACCUAUCCAGACUUUCAACUCCAGCGCCUCACAAUACUGCCGCCCGGUCUCCACCCAGAGCAUCACCAGCACUGACUCGGGAGACAGUGAGGAAAACUACGUGGCCAUGCAAAAUCCUGUUUCUGCUUCUCCGGUUCCUAGUGGCACCAACAGCCCAGCAGCAAAAAAGAGUUCAGGAAGUGUGGAUUAUCUAGCCCUGGACUUCCAGCCAAACUCACCUGGGCCACACAGAAAGCCCUCCACAUCGUCAGUCGCCUCAGACGAGAAGGUCGAUUAUGUGCAGGUUGACAAAGAGAAGACACAAGCCCUGCAGAACACCAUGCAGGAGUGGACCGACGUCCGGCAAUCAACAGAGCCCAUUAAGAGCAUGAAGCAGUAAUGGACGGGGCAGAUGGGGACAGCCAUCCAGACAGGCAAAUGUCCAACGGGUUUUCCCAGGCUGGGGUUCCCCUGGGUAUGCGAGCUCACUUUGGGGUUGCAUUUCUACAGUACAGUUGUUUGGGUCUUUUUUUUUUUAAGAAACUUAAUUUCAGGGGAAGACUUGGCAGAUAUUGUUUGCCAGUGACAAAGACCAACUACUUGCAGUGGCUGGGUUUGUGCUGUUACUUUAGCGGCUGGAUAUACUGUUUAGGAACUUAAAACUUAGCAAUACUGGGCUCACAAAUGCCCUGCAUGUCUUUUGCUUACAGCUGUUAUUAAAGCCACCUUGUACCUGCUAA